AUGGAGCCACAUCGCAACGCUAUCAGAUGUUUGAGUUUUCAUCCUUGGACGGGUCGGGACAGAUGUUGGACUUUGUCAUUUGCGACGGGGAUCCCAGGUCAAUAUGCCAACUGUAUGAUUUUUCGUUCAAGGGCUCGUGCAAUGGAAAAGAAUGUCGAUCGCAUGUCUCCAACAAAGAAAUUGUCAAAAGAAAGUGCGGUGCGAUGGGACGAAUCCAUAUCCUACUAUUGCACGUUGAAGGGCCUAUCUCCGAUUUCGAGAUCAGUUGUCAUGGCAUUUUGCACGGCAUCAGAAGCCCUGGCAUACUUAGAAAAGCUAUCUAACAUUUCACUUUCAACGUCUGGCCAUUUAAUGGUGGAGAAGAAUUUAGAAAAAAUUUUGGAAUUUUGCCGAACCAUCCUAUCCAUGAUCGAAGCCACGGUCUCAUCAUCCUCUUUUAAGGGCCAAGGUUUAGCUAUUCUAUCGGAAUGGAUCUUUCCCGAAUACCUUGCCGAAAUUUCAAACUCAAAAGCUGCCACAUGCAGCGCUCUAGAGCAUAUGGCAAACUAA